AUUUUCAUGGAUCUCAAUAGCGCCAGUAGCAUUGUUCUUCAGGUCUUGACCCAAGCCACCAGUCAAGAUACUGCUGUGCUGAAACCAGCUGAGGAACAACUGAAACAGUGGGAGACACAACCGGGGUUUUAUUCAGUAUUGUUGAGUAUCUUCACAAAUCACACCUUGGAUGUAAAUGUGAGGUGGUUAGCUGUGCUUUACUUCAAAAAUGGGAUUGACCGCUAUUGGAGACGUGUGGCACCACAUGCUCUUUCAGAAGAGGAAAAAUCCACAUUACGUUCAGGGCUUAUUGCCAAUUUCAAUGAACCAAUAAAUCAGAUUGCCACUCAGAUUUCUGUGCUGAUUGCAAAAGUUGCUAGGCUGGAUUGCCCUCGGCAGUGGCCAGAACUUAUUCCCACCCUUGUUGAAUCUGUUAAAAUUCAAGAUGAUCUCCGUCAGCAUAGAGCUUUACUUACCUUCUACCAUGUCACAAAGACUUUGGCAUCUAAACGGCUUGCUGCUGAUAGAAAACUUUUCUAUGAUUUAGCUUUUGGAAUCUAUAGCUUUACCUGUUCCUUGUGGAAUCACCAUACGGACACAUUCCUACAACAGAUUUGUACAAAACAUGAAACUGCUAUGAGUAAUUCAUUGGAAAGAACUCUUUUAUCACUGAAAGUCCUCCGUAAAUUGACCGUUCAUGGGUUCGUGGAACCGCAUAGGAACAUAGAGGUGAUGGGAUUUCUCCAUGCAAUAUUUGAUCGGCUGAAACAAUUUUUGGAGUGUAGUAAAAGUAUAGAAGCAGAUCAUGUCUGCAGAGACCGCCUAGAGAAGACUAUAAUUCUUUUUACUAAAGUGCUUUUAGACUUCUUGGACCAACACCCUUUUUCAUUCACCUCUCUAAUUCAGAGAUCACUGGAAUUUGCUGUAAGCUAUGUUUUCACAGAGGCUGGCAAAGGAGUGGUGCUUGAGCGAUUUAUUGUCCAAUGCAUGAAUCUGAUUAAGUUGAUAGUCAAAAAUUACGCUUACAAGCCAUCCAAAAAUAUGGAAGACAGCAGUCCUGAAACUCUUGAAGCUCAUAAGAUAAAGGCAUCCUUCUUCACAUACCCAACAUUAACAGAGAUAUGUAGGCGGUUAGUCACUCAGUAUUUCCUGUUAACUGAGGAAGAGCUAACUAUGUGGGAAGAGGAUCCAGAAGGCUUUACUGUGGAAGAGACAGGAGGAGAUUCUUGGAAAUACAGUAUCAGGCCAUGCACAGAAGUGCUCUUCAUUGAUAUUUUUCAUGAAUACAAUCAGACUCUUACUCCAGUUCUUCUAGAAAUGGUUCACACUCUACAAGGUCCAAGUAACGUGGGUGAUACCCAAACUCUACUGAUUAAAGAUGCUGUGUACAAUGCAGUUGGACUGGCAGCAUAUGAGCUAUUUGACAGUGUGGACUUUGACCAGUGGUUCAGAAACCAACUACUAGCCGAACUGCAAAUCACUCACAACAGGUAUAAGCCAAUACGUCGGCGAGUAAUCUGGCUAAUUGGACAAUGGAUUUCUGUGAAAUUCAAGUCUGACUUGAGACCUCUGUUGUAUGAAGCAAUCUGUAAUUUGCUUCAAGACCAAGACUUAGUGGUCCGUAUUGAGACAGCCACAACUCUGAAACUAACUGUGGAUGACUUCGAAUUUAGGACUGAUCAAUUUCUUCCAUACCUGGAAUCUAUGUUUACCCUGCUCUUUCAGCUUCUUCAAGAAGUUAGAGAAUGUGACACAAAGAUGCAUGUUCUUCAUGUUCUCUCUUGUGUCAUUGAAAGAGUCAGUAUGCAGAUAAGACCUUAUGUAGGUUGCUUGGUUCAGUAUUUACCUCUCCUUUGGAAGCAAAGCGAAGAACACAAUAUGUUGAGGUGUGCUAUCCUUACAACCCUAAUUCAUCUUGUUCAGGGCUUAGGAGCAGAUAGCAAGAAUCUUUAUCCUUUCCUGCUCCCAGUUAUUCAGCUAAGCACUGAUGUUUCACAGCCCCCUCAUGUGUAUCUUCUGGAAGAUGGAUUAGAAUUGUGGCUAGUAACGUUAGAGAACAGCCCCUGUCUUACCCCAGAGUUGCUGCGAAUUUUUCAGAACAUGUCUGCACUUCUUGAACUAAGUUCAGAAAACCUCAGAACCUGCUUUAAGAUAAUCAAUGGCUAUAUAUUUUUAUCUCCAUCUGAAUUUCUUCAGGUCUAUGCUGCUCAGCUAUGCAAAUCGUUUUGCGAGGUCUUAAAGGAUAUAAACACUGAGGGUCAAGUUCAAAUUCUGAAGGUUGUAGAAAAUGUCCUCAAAGUAAACCCAGUGUUGGGCCCUGAAAUGUUUCAACCUCUUUUGCCAUCUGUGUUUCAGGGAAUUAUAAAUGGGGAGAGGUACCCAGUUGUAAUGUCUACUUACUUGGGAGUCAUUGGUAGAGUCCUGUUGCAAAAUAAAAGUUUUUUCUCAUUGCUUCUGAACCAGAUGGCAUGUCAGUUUGGCCAGGAGCCGGACCAGCUCCUGGGUCACAUGAUUGAAAUGUGGGUUGACCGCAUGGACAAUAUAACUCAGCCAGAGAGAAGAAAACUUUCAGCUUUAGCAUUACUUUCCCUUCUGCCAUCAGAUAAUAGUAUAAUCCAAGAUAAAUUUUGUGGCAUCAUAAACAUUUCAGUUGAAGGGCUUCAUGAUGUUAUGACUGAAGAUACAGAAACAAGAACAUUCAAAGAUUGCAUGCUGAUGUCUAUUUCUGAAGAGCCCAAAGUGACAGAAGAAGAAGAGCCUCCCACAGAGCAGGACAAAAAGAAAAAAAUGCUUGCACUGAAAGACCCAGUACACUCUGUGUCGCUGCAGCAAUUCGUAUACGAGAAGCUAAAAGCACAACAGGAAUUGCUGGGAGAACAAGGCUUUCAGGCUCUCAUGGAAACUGUGGAUACAGAAAUAGUCACACAACUCCAAGACUUCUUACAAGGGUUCUGAAAAAGCAGAGACAAGAUUUUCUGUGCUUCCUUCUUCACUUCAACAUUAUAAUGGCAAACUUGGCAGCUUUCCACGUAACUACGAAAACCAGCUUUAAAAAGGGAAUUUCUGUUGGCUAUGAAAGAGAGGCCAUGGGACGGAAUAUUUCUUUUUCAGUUAUGAUGAGAUUGAAAUAAUAUAAACUCUCUCCUAAAUAGCUUUACAUGCCUGUUUCACGAGAUUGCAAUUUCCACAGAUUCUAUAAAAGCGGGUGUUUACUGUUUGUAGAAUGGCAGCCUUUGAUCUUUGAUCAAGUGACUUUGAUCUUACAAUCAUGUGCUCUUAACACAAGAAAUAGUGGCUACAAAGAUUCUUCUGGAAGGACAUCAGCUCUCUUAAACUGCCUUAUGCUAUUGUUAACUUUUAAAACUAAUAACAUUUGAGGAAUGGAGGCAUAACAGCAGGAAAUAACGUAAGGCAUAUGAGUCCUCAAUUGAGUCGUCAAUUUAAAUAGUAUAAAUAGAGUGGUAUAAAUAGUGGCAAGUAUUCGAAAGGUUUCCUCUAUGGGGAGUUGAACAUCUUUUGCAUAAAAGGAAAACUAAUACAGUCAUCCACAGGUUUUAAAUAUACUAUGUUGAUACCUGUAGAAUAUAAAGGUUUAGUAAAUUUUCUCUUGUUUUAGCUCCACAUACACAAAAAGAUUUUGAUUUAAAAUGUAACACAUAGACCCGCUGAUGGAUUUCUCUACGUGCGAGAUCCAAAUUGUUCUCCUCCUCUCAUGAUGGUAGGAGGGGAAUAUAUUAUAUACCCAGAGUGAACAAGGUGCUUGGGUAUAUAUUUUCUAUUGUAGGAAAGUGCCCUCUUUAAAGCUGUUAAGCAUAGUGAGCCAAGGCUUACUAAUGUAAUGUUCUUCCAGAUUACUCUAGAAGAAUGGGAAUGAUAAACUUUAAAUAUUUCAAUUCUCCAUGUGGGAAAAUGAAGAUUGCGCAUCAGGGAAAGUGAGUUGAGAAAGCUUGUAGGUUCCCGUGUUAGAAUGAUCGAGCAUUCAUGCCACUUCCCCCUGUCCCACUCCCCAGUCGUUCUCUCAUACCUCCUAUUUUAAGGAGAGACACUGGUUUUUUUUCUUUUUUAGGCAAGGCUUCUUAUAUCCACCUGUCCUGCAAUGUAAGAAAUCAAUUUUUAAGGAAACAAAUUGACAAUAUACUAACAAAAUGUUAAGUAUAAUACUUGUGUAGAAAGCUAACUAUAUGUAACCAUGGGAAGCCAAGGUUUCUUUGUAAACUGUAGAUUACAAAGUGUACUAGAAAAUAAAUCCUCAUGUUUCCAAACUGUAAAACAGUAAAAUUUCAAUUAAAUUUUCAAAAGAUA